AUGGCCGAGGAAAACCGGCCUCUUCUGGAUGGGCAAUCCAGCCCCCCCGAACGAUACCCAGAUAGGGCAUCCACCGAACAGCAGAGACCAUCAUAUGAGCUAUCUACAGAAUCAACGCCCCUUCUACAUCGCCGUGAGGAUGGAUUAACUGUUUAUGGGACUGAGCAAAGACUAUCUCGGUCCCCUUCAGUCGCUUCCCGAAGGUCGUAUGAAGACGGCCCCACCAAGAAGCCGAGCUACGUACGAUGGCCGACGGUGAUAUCACUCGCCAUUUUAACAGCAUGUGUCCUGACUAUAUUGGCACUUGCAUUUGCUGCCCCGGCGGUGGUGAAAGAGUAUGCGCAACAAGCCGCGGUUUUCAACCCAACCGCCGUUUCGAUUGAUUCUACGACCUCCGAUGGCAUUCGCGCCCGGGUCCAAGGCGAUUUCGUGAUGGACUCAGGUCGUGUAAAGAACAAGGCGGUUCGAAACCUUGGUCGAUUUGCGACAUGGAUUGCCAGGGAGGUUGAGACUGGCCCGUCAGAUGUUGAAGUGUACCUUCCGGAGUAUGGGAAUGUCCUUGUUGGACGUGCAGCAGUGCCCUCCAUCAAGUGCAGUAUCCGCAAUGGCUAUCAUACUCAUGUUGACUUUCUCACUGAUUUAGAAGCGGGUGAUAUUCGAGGCAUUCAUGCAAUUGCUAUUGAUUGGAUUGAGGGGAGAUUGGGCCGCCUUAAUGUUAAGGGCAAAGCUACAUUGCAUCUGAAAUCAGGCUUGAUUGCCCUGGGAACUCAAGUGCUAACAGACAACAUAAUAUUUGAAGAGAAAGACUUCCCUGCUCUACCGGAGAUCGAUAUUCUCAAGUUGAAUGUACAUGAUGCGAAGAAUGGGGCUAUGGCGGUAGAUGUUUUAUUGGAGUCUCUGGUUAACUCCCCUGUCGCCCUUACCGUUCCUGCUCUCGGGUUCGACAUCCUAGUACCAAAUUGUACACCAGGAGAUCCAUAUAUCCGGGUGGCGUCUGCGAAGACGGCUGAGAUCGAGGUCCACCCCGGCCAAGCAACUCCAGUCGGUGUUGAUGGUCUUAUCGAAAAUCUCCCAGAUGAACUGACCUCUAAAUGCCCGGGAGGCGAGGGGUCCCCUCUGGAUUUCUUGGUGUCCAGUUAUGUACAGGGUCUCGAGACAACAAUUUAUGUCAGAGGAGCUGAUGCGCCAUCACCGGACACUCCGGCCUGGAUGGUUGAUCUGAUGCGUAGUGUGACCGUGCCGUUGCCAUUCACUGGACACGCGUUGGACAACCUCGUGAAGAACUUCACCAUGUCUGAUACACACUUCUCUCUUCCAGACCCCUUUGCGGAGCCGGACUCUCCAGACUCCCAGCCCACUGUCUCUGCCGUGGUUGAGGUCCUCAUUGCCCUGCCAGAGGAGAUGAACUUCCAGGUUGAUGUCCCGCAAGUUCGCGCUCUUUCAGAUGUCUAUUACAAAGAAGAGAAGCUCGGCGUAUUGGUCAUCGACAAAUGGCAAGACUCCAACUCUACCCUCGUCAACGACGAAGAUGGCUCAUCGGCACUCCUCGUGGAGUUCGCCAUAGAGGAUGCACCACUUAAAGUCACAAAUGACUCACUCUUGGCGGAAGUCAUCCAAGCAUUGCUGUUCGGCAGCAAAGAAGUUGUGCUGCGCGUCGCUGCCACCGUAGAUACAAAGGUCUCAACUGGCCUGGGUCGAUUUGCCGUGCACGGAAUUCCCGCGGAAGGGAAGGUUCCCGUGAAGACUUCCUUCGGCGACUUGGUCGGUCAGGUCAAUCCGCGCGUGGUAUCGUUGCAAUUAGGAGAUACUACUGCUUCUUCGAUGGUUGUAUCUGUGGAGGCUAAUUUCACCAAUCCAACAAAUUACUCUGCGACUGUUCCCUUUGCCGACUUUUUGAUACUCUUCAACGACACAGCUGUGGCACAUAUCACUUCUCGCGAUAUUACUGUUACGCCAGGGAAUAAUACAUGCGUGCCCAUUGAAUUUUCAUGGUGCCCGUUGAAAUUGAGUGGACCAGAUGGCGUUGAGGCUGGAAAAACCUUAAUAUCGUCCUACAUCUCUGGAUAUAACACGACAAUAACCAUGAAACCCCACAAAAACACCAUCCCAUCCCUCCCAAAUCUAGGCAGAGCCCUAUCAAACAUCUCAAUAUCCGUCCCAGUCCCAUCAAUAUCACCACCAGGCUCCCCAGGCAAUGACAACGAUGAAAGGCCGCACUUUAUCCAAGAGGCAACGUUCUACCUCUGGUCCUCAACGGCUGAUUUCACCCUUUUCUCUCCAUUGACAGAAACAAACAUUUUAAUAACUUCCAUCGACGCAACAGCCUUCUACGAGCAAAAAGAUCCAAUUGGUCGGAUCCAAAACCAGAACCCCUUCAAGGUCCCGCCGGGUCUAUCUCUGACGCCGCGCUUACCAGUUGAUCUUGAUAUCGGGGGUGUGGGAUAUGAUGCUUUGCGUAAAGCGCUUGGGCAGUCGCUAGAGAUGGAUGCUGUUGCUAAGGUCGGGGUGCAGAUUGGAGAGUACGAGGAUGUUGUUCUCUAUCGGGGAAAGGGAAUUGCUGCAAAAGUGAGAAUUUAG